CGCUGCUCGUCUGCUUGCCUACAUGCCAUCAGGUUAGACAGCUGCUAGCAGAGAGAGCUAAGCUAGAGCCACGCCAGGCCUCCAGCAGACCAGCGGAGGGAGAGCUACUGACACUGAUAUCCUGUAUGAAUCUGCAUGAGAACAGUUAAAAUCCCAGAAAUAUGGUGGUUCUCAAAAUUCGAGACCAGCCUGCUUUGCUGAAAGCCAUCUUCAAUGUGGACCCGGAUGAAGUACGCUCACUCAUAUUCAAAAAAGAGGAUGUAAAUGCACAGGACAAUGAGAAGAGAACUCCGUUACAUGCUGCCGCCUAUCUCGGGGAUGCAGAAAUCAUCGAGCUGCUGAUUCUUUCAGGUGCGAGAGUAAACGCCAAAGAUAACAAGUGGCUCACUCCUCUGCACCGGGCCGUGGCCUCAUGCAGCGAGGAGGCCGUCCAGGUGUUGCUGAAACACUCGGCGGACGUAAAUGCCCGAGACAAGAACUGGCAGACGCCGCUUCACAUCGCCGCAGCCAAUAAGGCGGUCCGCUGUGCCGAAGCCCUCGUCCCGCUGCUCAGUAAUGUGAAUGUGUCAGACAGAGCCGGCCGGACCGCGCUGCACCACGCAGCCUUCAGUGGUCAUUUGGAGAUGGUGAGGCUCUUAUUGUCCAGAGGAGCCAACAUCAAUGCUUUUGACAAGAAGGAUCGCCGUGCAAUCCACUGGGCAGCUUAUAUGGGUCACAUAGAGGUAGUGAAGCUUCUGGCUUCUCAUGGAGCCGAAGUGGCCUGCAAAGAUAAGAAAUCCUACACUCCCCUUCAUGCAGCCGCAUCCAGUGGCAUGAUCAGUGUUGUUAAAUACCUCCUGGACUUAGGCGUGGAUAUCAAUGAGCCCAAUGCGUACGGUAACACCCCUCUGCACGUGGCCUGCUACAACGGGCAGGACGUGGUCGUGAAUGAACUCAUAGAGUGCGGCGCCAACGUCAACCAGGUCAACGAGAAGGGCUUCGCGCCGCUGCAUUUCACCGCCGCUUCGCGUCACGGAGCGCUCUGCCUGGAGCUGCUGGUGUGCAACGGGGCCGACGUCAAUAUCAAGAGUAAAGAUGGUAAGACUCCUCUCCACAUGACGGCCAUCCACGGGAGGUUUUCUAGGUCCCAAGCAAUCAUUGAGAAUGGUGCUGAGAUUGACUGUGAAGACAAGAACGGAAACACACCACUACACAUCGCCGCUCGAUACGGACACGAGCUCCUCAUCAACACCCUCAUCACCAACAAAGCUGACACGGCAAAGCGUGGGGUUCACGGCAUGUUUCCGCUGCAUCUGGCUGCUCUCAGUGGAUUCUCCGACUGCUGCCGCAAGCUCCUGUCUUCAGGUUUUGAUAUUGACACUCCUGAUGACUUCGGAAGGACCUGUUUACACGCCGCCGCAGCAGGAGGAAACCUGGAAUGUCUCAAUCUUCUCCUCAACACUGGGGCGGACUUCAACAGAAAGGACAGCUUUGGCAGGACCCCUCUGCACUACGCAGCUGCCAACUGUAACUACCAGUGCCUGUUUGCUCUGGUGGGCUCGGGGGCCAGCGUCAACGACCUAGACGAGCGGGGCUGCACUCCUCUCCACUACGCCGCCGCCUCCGACACAGAUGGAAAGUGCCUGGAAUAUUUACUGAGAAAUGAUGCGAAUCCAGGGAUCCGGGACAGUCAGGGCUACAACGCCGUGCACUACGCCUCGGCGUACGGCCACCGCCUGUGUCUCGAGCUGAUUGCAAGUGAAACGCCCCUGGAUGUGCUCAUGGAAACCUCAGGGACGGACAUCUUGAACGACUCUGAUGUCCGAGCACCCGUCAGCCCCCUGCACCUCGCUGCGUACCACGGUCACCAUCACGCUAUGGAGGUCCUGGUGCAAUCCCUGCUGGAUCUAGAUGUGAGAAACAGCCAAGGGCGCACGCCUCUGGACCUGGCUGCUUUCAAAGGUCACGUGGAGUGUGUGGACGUCCUGAUCAACCAGGGAGCCUCCAUACUCGUCAAAGACUUCACCUUGAAGCGAACCCCUAUACACGCUGCAGCUACAAACGGUCAUUCGGAAUGUUUGCGUUUGCUAAUUGGAAAUGCUGAUCUACAAAGUGCAGUCGACAUUCAAGAUGGGAAUGGACAGACUCCUCUGAUGCUGUCGGUCCUGAGCGGACACACAGAUUGUGUGUAUUCCCUGCUGAAUAAAGGAGCCAGUGUUGAAGCCAAAGACAAGUGGGGCAGGACGGCCCUGCAUAGAGGAGCUGUGACCGGUCAUGAAGAAUGUGUGGAGGCCUUGCUUCAACACAACGCCAACUUCCUGGUGCGAGACUGUAAAGGCCGCACGCCCAUCCACCUGGCGGCAGCGUUCGGACACUUAGGGGUACUGGGAGGCCUUCUGCAUGCUGCCCAAUCAGUGGAAACACUCCCUGUCUUAACAGACAACCAAGGCUACACCCCACUGCACUGGGCCUGCUACAAUGGUCACAAUACAUGUGUGGAGGUUUUGCUGGAACAAGAGGUUUUUCACAAGGCUGACGGCAAUUCUUUCAGCCCCCUCCACUGCGCUGUGAUCCACGAUAAUGAAGGUGCUGCAGAGAUGCUGAUAGACAUUCUGGGCCCCGCCAUCGUCAGUUCCAAAGACAGCAAAAACAGGACUCCCCUGCACGCGGCGGCGUUCACUGACCAUGUGGAAUGCCUCCAGCUGCUGCUGAGCCACAACGCUCAGGUCAACUGCGUGGACGCCGCAGGGAAGACUCCACUCAUGAUGGCUGCCGAGAACGGCCAGACCAAUGCUGUCGAGUUGCUGGUGAGCAGCGCGAAGGCAGAUCUGACUCUACAGGAUGCUGUGAAGAACACUGCGCUUCAUCUGGCCUGCAGUAAGGGACAUGAAACCAGUGCCUUGUUGAUAUUGGAGAAGAUUACAGACAGAAACCUCAUAAAUGCCACUAACGCCGCCUUACAGACGCCUCUUCACGUGGCUGCAAGAAACGGCCUCACUGUGGUGGUUCAAGAGCUGCUCGCCAAGGGAGCCAGCGUCCUUGCAGUCGAUGAGAACGGUUACACGCCCGCCUUGGCUUGUGCCCCCAACAAGGACGUAGCAGACUGCCUCGCCCUCAUCCUGGCCACCAUGAUGCCUGUGUCCCCCUGCACCCCGGCGCCCACCUCCCUCCCCUUCAGUGCCAUUAACCACUACACCACCAGCCCAUCCAAGAGCGUGACCUUCGACAGCCUGCCCGUGCUGCGCGGCGAGCACAGCUCCUACUGCAGCUUCAACAACAUCAGCCACCACGACGGCUUCUACAAGGACGAGGAGCUCAAUGACUCCGACUCGGAGACGUACUGAGGAACGGGGAGGAAGCAACAAAUGCAUCAAUACACACACUCACACACACAUUCACACACACACACACACACACUGUGUCUUAAAGAAUCACCCACCGCAAGCUUGGGAGGGCAGAGUAAGACACAAGCCCCUCCCCCUGCAGGAGCCUUAAGAGUCCCCCGUCUCCCCUCCGGGUCAGAGAGCGAGUUGAGGGACGAGGUGCAGCAGGCCGGUCCACACCCACCCCGACCUCAUCCAGCCCACCCCGGACCUCUGUAGACCACUGCGUCACCAGCGCGGACUUCCUGAAACCGGUCAGGAAGAGCAACAACAACCUGUUCACAGCAAUAAGAUGCUGAAGAGGGGCGGUCGCACUUUACAGAGAGCUGAGCCAGCAGGGACCAAGACGACUCGGAUGCAUUUUAACCCAGUUUUAACUGCAGCGCUGACGCUCGGCGAGGUGUUCAGGUCCACCGCUCGGUGGAGACGGAGGAGGGAGAGGGGGCGUGGGGGUCAGUUGUCAUUGGCUGAAAAUCGCACACUAACAUUUGUCAGAAUGCACUUGUCCUUCAAGUCUGUAAGUCAUACAGGGGGAAAACGUUUAUUUUUUUAAAUCAGAAAUUUUAAUAAACCCAUUUACAUGUCUUAAAUUUCCUCUUUGGAAAGAAAAAACAAAACAAAACAAAAAAACACCUGACUUACUGUCCCGAGUAAGUUGGAAACAUUUGAUAUGUGCACCGGGUUAUUAAGUCGAUCCACCCCACCUUUGUAUAUUGACCUGUCCAUCCGCGGUUUAGUCUUUGAAGAAUAAAUUAUUUGUGUACUUUGGGUUUCUUUUCAUGUGUUAAUUUCGUGCCUUCAUUACUUACUGCGAAGACGAGGGUUUGUAGAGGCAGCUGUGACAGUACAGUGAUGCGCACUAGGUAAGUAUUUAAACACUUGUGAUAAGCACUGAUCCAAUCCUGAGGUCUCUUCGCUCAGCGUUGUGAGGACAAACACUGUAAACCAAUGAGAGGGCGGCAUUUGAUUUUCUUUGGUCUGAAUAUUUUUGUUCUUCUGCCGGUCAAUGGACGUUGACAGGUUUUGCUUGCUUUAAUUAUGACUAAAAGAAGAAACCACUCAAUUACACUUUGAUUUAAAAAAAAAAAAAAGUCCCAGUUCUGUCUGGAGAAUCCUUUUAACUGGAAAUAUGUACAAUACAUUUGCUAGGUUCUUUAGAGUGAAAAGGAUUUUUUUUUUUUCUUUUCCUUGCUUUUUCUUGAAGAAGAAUGAAACUAGCGUGUAUAUAGAAAUUGACUGUGAAUUCAAAGUUCCAAUGAAUUCUUUCAGUACUGAGAUUGCUGUAUAUUUUAUGAGUAAUAAAGAAAUGAGUUAUUUAAUAUUGAA